AUGCAGGUCAGUGAGGAUCCUCUUACAGUCAAAGUUGAUCAUCUUAAGGCAUGCUCUCUUCCCUUCUUUAUGAUGCAGGACAAACCAUAUGACAAAGAUGAUGAUGUUAUUAAGGCAACAUCUUUUGAGGUUAUAUCAACUGUGAGGGAUGUUUUGAAGACAAGUUCUCUGUGGAGAGAUCAUGUCCAAACAUACACUCAGUUAUCUUUGUCUUAUUCUUCUCUUCUUCUCUCUUUUCCGCGCUGUCAUUGUUUGCAGCAUAUGGGUGAUUUCAAUUAUUCAAGGUUAGCAGAUUUUGGGGCUGCAAUAUCUGGAGCAAACAAGUUGUUAUGCCAGCAAGUGCUUGAAGAGCUAGAUGUCUAUAAAAGGCUAAAGCUUACACUGGAAUUAGUGAAGAAAGAACUGGAGAUAAGUAAGAUUCAGGAAUCAAUAGCAAAAGCAAUUGAAGAGAAAAUAAGUGGUGAGCAGCGCCGCUAUUUGUUGAACGAGCAGCUUAAGGCCAUCAAAAAGGAAUUGGGAUUAGAGACGGAUGACAAAUCUGCGCUCUCUGCGAAGUUUAGGGAAAGAAUUGAGCCUAAUAAAGAGAAAAUCCCACCUCAUGUGUUGCAAGUUAUAGAAGAAGAGUUGACAAAACUUCAGCUUUUAGAGGCCAGUUCAAGUGAAUUUAAUGUGACACGUAAUUAUCUUGAUUGGUUGACUGCCUUGCCUUAUGGUAAUUACAGUCAGUUUAGCAUAUUGGUCAUAUGUAAUCUUCGCUUCAUUCUCUUUGCUCAGCUAUAUUGUAAACUUCUGUGCUUCCAAUUCAAGUGCAGCGAUGAGAACUUUGAUGUCAUUCAGGCACAAAAAAUUCUUGAUGAAGACCAUUAUGGAUUGGAUGAUGUUAAGGAAAGGAUAUUGGAAUUUAUAGCAGUAGGCAAGCUCCGGGGAACCUCACAAGGAAAAAUUAUAUGUCUUUCUGGCCCUCCUGGGGUGGGCAAAACUAGCAUUGGUCGUUCAAUUGCCCGGGCUUUGAAUCGAAAGUUCUACCGAUUUUCUGUUGGAGGAUUAUCUGACGUUGCUGAAAUCAAGGGGCAUCGCCGAACCUAUAUUGGUGCCAUGCCGGGCAAAAUGGUACAAUGCCUAAAAAAUGUAGGAACUGCUAAUCCUCUUGUUCUAAUUGAUGAGAUUGACAAGUUGGGAAGGGGACAUGCAGGUGAUCCAGCAAGUGCUAUGUUGGAACUCCUUGAUCCAGAGCAAAAUGCCAACUUUCUAGACCACUAUCUUGAUGUUCCAAUAGACUUGUCGAAGGUUCUGUUUGUUUGUACGGCAAAUGUUGUGGAGAUGAUUCCUAAUCCUCUAUUGGACAGAAUGGAAGUUAUUGCCAUUGCAGGAUAUAUCUCUGAUGAGAAAAUGCACAUUGCCAGAGAUUAUUUGGAGAAAGCUACUCGUGAAGCCUGUGGCAUUAAGUCUGAACAGGUUGAAGUGACUGAUGCAGCACUCCUUGCUUUAAUUGAAAACUACUGUCGUGAAGCAGGAGUUCGGAACCUUCAGAAGCAUAUAGAGAAGAUAUAUCGCAAGAUUGCCUUGCAACUUGUGCGGAAAGGAGAACUAAAUAAACCUCCAGUUAGUGAAGUUGGGGUCAAGGGACAUGAUGGAAGAGCAGAAUCUGUCAGUGAAACAGAUGAAACAGCAGUUGGAGCCAAGAUUGAGGCUGAACCAGGGGGCGGUAGCGGCACUGGUAUGGCCUCUGAAACAUCAACUGAAACAGAAGCUGAGAACAAGGAUCUGCCUGUUGACAAGCAGCAAACCCCCCUCAAUCUGCCCAGUGAACCGAAGGAAAGUGGAAAACUACUACUGUGGCAUCUUGCCUUGUUGAUUCUACUAAUUGCUGCAUCUUCACAGGUCAAUGUGGAAACUGCUGAAAAACUUGAAAGUGAGGUGAGCAAGACAGUUGACAAAGUGUUGGUUGACACGCCAAAUCUUUCUGAUUUUGUUGGCAAACCUGUUUUCCAUGCCGAACGAAUAUAUGAUCAAACACCAGUUGGCGUGGUGAUGGGUCUUGCUUGGACUGCCAUGGGUGGUUCCACCCUUUAUAUAGAGACCACUCAGGUUGAGCAAGGGGAAGGAAAAGGUGCUUUACAUCUUACUGGGCAACUUGGAGAUGUGAUGAAAGAAAGUGCCCAGAUUGCUCACACUGUUGCCAGAGCAAUACUGAGUGAGAAAGUGCCAGAUAAUCCAUUCUUUGCCAAUUCGAAGCUUCAUCUUCAUGUUCCUGCAGGAGCCACACCUAAGGAUGGGCCUAGUGCUGGUUGUACCAUGAUCACAUCCUUACUCUCUCUUGCCAUGAAGAAAUCUGUCAGGAAGGACCUAGCAAUGACUGGGGAAGUAACAUUAACAGGAAGGAUCCUUCCAAUUGGUGGGGUUAAAGAGAAGACAAUAGCAGCAAGACGCAGCGACGUGAAAACCCUCAUAUUUCCUUCAGCUAACCGAAGAGAUUUUGACGAGCUUGCUAUUAAUGUGAAGGACGGACUUGAAGUUCACUUUGUAGAUGACUACAGUCAAAUAUUUGAUCUGGCUUUUGGGGGUGAUCAACACGGGGAGAAGUAA